ACGGAGUGGUUGAAGCAUUAUCAAAAGUUAAAGCACCUGCAGGUGGGACGUUGAUGGUGAUGUUUAGCGCUCCCGUGAAAUGAUAUAGAGAGACAUAUCAUUUCCUUCUACAAGUUUCAAACACAAUCCAUAGCCCAUCACCUUUCUUAUCUUUAUCCAUUUCAAUCUCCCAGCAUCUUCCAAAUCUCAAUCUUCAGCCUUUCACUUGGAGGUAAAUAAAGGCUCACGCCACAAGAAGUUCGUUGACAGAACUUUCAUGGCCAUAUAAUCAGGAUAUCCUUCUGUGGUUCAAGACAUUCAGUAUUUCGUUUAUAGUUUUUGUUUGAUAGGUCAAUAUAUACCAGUCCUGAAUUAUUUAUAUCAAGUAUUAUUACCUUCUUAUGUUUAUAUGGCAUUGACUCAAGUCUCAGGUUGCGGGACCUCAAAGAAUGGAGAGAGGGCAGAUAUUCAACAAGGUCAUGAAGGUAGAGAUUCCAUCAGAGACUGAAAGAAUGUCGAGUGGUGGCACAAAGUUUACUUCCGGGCUUCAAAGACAGUCAAGCGCUACAAAGAGCAAUUGCCUAUGCUCUCCAACCUCCCAUGCUGGUUCUUUCCGGUGCAGGUUACACCGUGCCCCGAGCCUUCAAAGAACCAAAAGCAUUGACUCUGCUUCUCAGCGAGAUUCUGAAACUAAGAUCAAUACGACAGCUGAUGGCGCGAGCAAUUUAAACACAAUUGAGGCCCAGUAAUUCACAUGAACGUACUGAUGUACACCUAUCAGGAAAAGAAGAGGGGUUCUGCAGGUAAUUGCUGCAUGUCUUUUUACACAAGGCGAACCUAAAAGCUGCUUUUGACAAUACACUGGUCAGGAUUGCAAGGAAAAAGUUCUUGUUAGCAAGUAAAUGGAAUGAACUAGUAGUUUUUGUUAUGGUCGGUAUCCAGGCUAUUCACCAAUAUUUUCUAGUAAUUCUGAUCAGAUUAAAGAA